UGCGCGCCCGGCUUUGCCCCCCGCGGUGCUUAGCCGCCCUGUCGGGUCCCCUGCGCCAGAGACCCCCAGGUCCAGGCCCUUGCCGGGACCCAGCUGGCCAGCCGCUCCAGCUCCCUGCAGGAAUGAGCGGCCGGACGCGCCCGAGGAAGGGAAACGAAUGAAUGGACGAGGAGAAUCUUCUCCCCGCAGAGCUUUGGCGUCUCUCCGCGCACCGGGCGUGUCCGUGCCAAAGGCGCAGGGGGUCGGGCCCGACGCCGCGCGCGGCUGUGGCGGGGGCGGCGGCACCUGCCCGGGCGCAGUUGCCAGCUUCGCGCGGUCUCGGCAGUGGCGCGGCUGUGUGCGGGCGGCCGCGUCCCCCAGCCCGGACCGGUUGCCCUGAGCGCCCCCCGCCUCCUAGCCCCCCUGAGACUCCUUGGCACUCCCCAGCCCCGGACCUCACGCACGCGGGAGGCGGGAAGCUGCCUCCUUUCCCCGCCCCCACCCCCCAUCCCCAGCUUCUCCCCCGGCUGCGGCUGCUGCAGACCUGGGCGCCGGGAAAGGGGGUCAGCGCGGCCGGGGCGCGGGAGCCGGCCGGCGAGGCAGGGAGGGAACCGAGCGGGGGGCGGCCAAGGGGCGGGCGCGGGGCGCGCGGGCAGAGGGGGUGGGGAGCCGGGCGCGGGAGCCGCGGCGGGGGCGAGGCGGGCUCCGGGCGGGGACCGGCGCUUGCGGGCCGGGCUGAGUCGGGAGGCGGCGGCCGGACUUGCCCGGGAGGUGGAGAGCGGGGCCGGCGAGCGCCCAGCCGGGCACCUGCGCGCCGAGCAGGUCCCCCCCGCGCGCCCCCCGCAUACCCCCGGCCAGUCGGCCCCGCGGGGAUGUCCGAGGGACCCAGGCGCCCAGCACCGUGACCGAGCGAGCCCGAGGAUGGGACAGCGUCCGCAGCUCCGGCUUGUCAAGGCCCUCCUCCUCCUGGGGCUGAACCCCGCAGCGGCCUCCCUGCAAGACCAGCCCUGCGAGAGCCUGGCCCUGCCCAGCAACUUCUCCGGUCUGCAGUGCAACGCCUCGGUGGACCUCAUUGGCACGUGCUGGCCGCAGAGCCCCGCGGGGCAGCUGGUGGUGCGGCCCUGCCCUGCCUUCUUCUACGGCGUCCGCUACAACACCACGAACAAUGGCUACCGCCAGUGCCUGGCUAACGGCAGCUGGGCCGCCCGCAUCAACUACUCCGAGUGCCAGGAGAUCCUCAAUGAGGAGAGGAAAAGCAAAGUGCAUUACCAUGCGGCCGUCAUCAUCAACUACCUGGGCCACUGCAUCUCCCUGGUGGCCCUCCUGGUGGCCUUCAUGCUCUUCCUGCGCCUCAGUGAGGUCUCUCGGGCCCAGGAGCAUCCGGUGCCUGAGAAACAUCAUCCACUGGAACCUCAUCUCCGCCUUCAUCCUGCGCAACGCCACGUGGUUCGUGGUGCAGCUCACCAUGAGCCCGGAAGUGCAUCAGAGUAAUGUGGGCUGGUGCAGGCUGGUGACCGCCGCCUACAACUACUUCCACGUCACCAACUUCUUCUGGAUGUUCGCCGAGGGCUGCUACCUGCACACGGCCAUCGUGCUCACCUACUCCACCGACCGGCUGCGCAAGUGGAUGUUCAUCUGCAUCGGCUGGGGUGUGCCUUUCCCCAUCAUCCUGGCCUGGGUCAUCGGGAAGCUGAACUACGACAAUGAGAAGUGCUGGUUUGGCAAAAGGCCCGGGGUGUACACCGACUACAUCUACCAGGGCCCCAUGAUCUUGGUCCUGCUGAUCAACUUCAUCUUCCUGUUCAACAUCGUCCGCAUUCUCAUGACCAAGCUGCGGGCGUCCACCACGUCGGAGACCAUCCAGUACAGGAAGGCCGUGAAGGCCACGCUGGUGCUGCUCCCGCUCCUGGGCAUCACCUACAUGCUGUUCUUCGUGAACCCCGGCGAGGACGAGGUGUCCCGCGUGGUCUUCAUCUACUUCAACUCCUUCCUGGAGUCCUUCCAGGGGUUCUUCGUGUCUGUCUUCUACUGUUUCCUCAACAGCGAGGUCCGCUCUGCCAUCCGGAAAAGGUGGCACCGCUGGCAGGACAAGCACUCGAUCCGCGCCCGGGUGGCCCGCGCCAUGUCCAUCCCCACGUCCCCCACCCGUGUCAGCUUCCACAGCAUCAAGCAGUCCACGGCGGUCUGAGCUGGUGCGGGCGGCGACCCCCAGGCUCGGGGGGACCCUUCCUCCCCACACCCUGCGCCCCAGGAACAGCACCCCCUGCCACGGCCUGGCCAGCCCCUGCUGAGCAGACGCUCAAGGACGGACAGAGCCAGCGGCCGGGUGGCUCUGGGGCCCUGGUCCCUGCCCACCAGGAAGGGAGGGCGCCCCGGAGGGUCUGAUCCUGGUCCCUGCAGCUGUCCUCUGUGGUGGGCGUCCACGGAACUCCCUGGGAGUUGCAGGAAGUGUGGGGGCACCCUGGCCUGAGGUGUCGGGGGUCCCUGGCAGAGUCCUGGUGACUUCCUGGUCUUCAGGGAACGCCUGCACCCCCCACCCUCCCCGGCUCCUGGCGCCACCUCAGGAGGGGCCCUGCCUCGCUGCCUUGUCCCCUGGGCUCCAGCACCCCAGCCGGUACUCCCCACCACCGGCACCCCCGCUGUGCUCAUCCGCGCCCCCACCAUCCUCCCGGCCCCUCCCACUCCGUGAGAAGAUGGGGUGUGGGGGUGACCUGUGAUCGGAGAGCAACUUGCCCUAGUCAGAGCCAGUCUGCUGGGGGUCAGUGGGGGGAGUGCGGUCACUCUCCCCGAAGGGCCCAGCCUCGGUCUCCCCGCAGGGGCAGUACAUGGACAAGCAGGACAGUGGCCCGUGGGUCACCAGCCCGCAGACCGCUCACACCCCAGCGUGGACUAACCCCUCCCCCGCUCCUGGACGCUGCUGUCCAGACAGGGUUUUUUGGGGGGGUGCGGGCUGGGGGGUGAAAGGUGAAAGGUACCGAUGUAAAUAACACUAUUUAUCUUUCAACCA